AUGGCCUCCAGAUCAAGUCGUGGAGAUUCUAGGAACAGUGAGCUCGAUAGUGCUUCCCAGUGGAAGAUCUUUGUUGGUGGUCUCCACAAGGGUGCCAAUAAUCGCUUAUUCAGGGAGCAUUUUGAAAAAUGUGGUACAAUUGAUGAUUAUGUGAUAAUGAGAGACAAACAUACCAUGCAGCCUAUAGGGUUUGGCUUUAUAACGUAUGUUGAUCCUUCUGUUGUUGAUAAAGUCAUGGGGGAUACCCAUGUCAUCCUCAGAAAACAAGUUGAGAUUAAAAGAACCAUUUAAAGAGCAUUUGCCAAGGACUUCAAAACAAAGAAGAUCUUUGUUGGUGGAAUAGCAUCCUCUAUUAUGGAUGAUGAAUUUAAGAAUUUCUUCUCCAAAUAUGGCAAAGUCCUAGAACACAAGCUAAUAAUGGAUUACUCUACUAAUCGUUCUCAUGGUUUUGGAUUUAUAGUUUUUGACAGCGAGCAAGUUGUAGAUGAUUUGUUAGCUAAGGGAAAUAUGAUUGAUCUAACCGACAGUCAUGUAAGUGUUUUGUGGUGUAUCAUUGCUGCAAUAGUGUCUACUUGGAUUUUUGCUGUGUCAAAGUCUAAAACAACACAAAUGUCCUCUAGAGUCGGGAAGAUGCACCCCUCAGAAUUAUUUUUUGACUUCUAA